UGCAAGCGUCGUCAGGCAGGCCGGGUCAAUAACAAAUGGGCAGGUAGGUACAGGGGGGUCAGGCAGAGAAUGGUCGGGGUCACAAGCCAGGGAUCAGAACAGGAGAAGUCAGCAGAGGUCCAGAUCAAGCAGGGUCAUCAACAAGACAGGAACAGGAACAGGAACAGGAUGCAGGAACAAGAUACAGGGCCCAGGAAAAACACACACACACCAAGGCAGAGUCUGCAGGUCUGGCCAUCCCUUAAAUACACCUGCAUAAGCAGUUUCAGGUGUUUGGCUGGCUGCAGGGUUGAGUCUCUGAUUGCUGGGAGCACCCACUGGCCAGCCCUGGUACUGCAGCCCAUACGGCAGGUGAGUCCCACCAUUGCUGGCCAGUCCAUUCCUGACAGUUGCAGUAGAGAC